CGAGCGGUCAGGACGGACACAACGAGACUGCCCUCCUGUUUUCACUCGCUUUCUCGAGGAGCGGGAAGCAGCAAGGACGAGAAGAAACCCCUGAGCCUUGCCUGGGUGAACAUGAAGCGGGACGUGCUUCUUUGCACGUUGCUGGCCGCCGUCUGCCUGCUGGUCCUUCCGACGUCCUCCACGCCCCCGCACCAGCCAGAUGAGGCCCAGCUCCUCCAUGUGAUCGUCCCCUCUGCUCCACUUGUGGCCGCCCAGCUGGGCGCCGAGCUGACGUUGACCUGCUUGGUGUCUCUGGCCCACCCGCCGCCCACGCCCUCCGCCGCCGCCGCCACCGGCCGCCGCGCCGUCCUGUCUCUGCCCCGGGUCACGUGGAGCCGGAUAGACGGCGACAAGAAGACGGAGAUCCUGGUCGCCCGCGGCGACGCGGUGCUGGUGAGCGAGGCCUACAGGGGCCGGGCCUCCCUGCCGCGUUACGCCGUCUCGCCCGCCGACAUGACGCUCAGGCUGGGGGGCGUCCGGCACGGGGAUGGCGGUCUGUACCGCUGUGAGGUGCAGCAGGGAUCCCAGGGCGCCUCUGAUGUCACGCAGGUCAAGGUCAAAGGUUUGGUGUUCCACCAUCAGGACGCAGAAAACCCCAACUCCUUCACCUUCCUGCGAGCAGGUCAGGCCUGCCAGGCCGUGGGGGGCCAAAUUGCGACCCCUGAGCAGUUCCUGGCAUCCUUCCACAGCGGACACGAGUGCUGCCAUGCGGGCUGGCUCUCGGACCGCUCGGUCAGAUAUCCCGUUCAAGAGCCGAGAGAGGGCUGCUUGGGCGACGCCGAUGGACCUCCAGGCCUAAGGAACUCGGGAACGUUGGACCCGGAGCAGAGGUUUGGUGUCUACUGCUACGUGGGCGAUAUCGCAGGUGAUGUGUUCCACGGCUCCGCCCCGGAGCAUUUUACCUUCUUGGAGGCCAGAGCUCACUGCCUGAGGGAGGGAGCGGAGCUAGCCAGCCCCGCCCAGUUGUACGCAGCCUGGAAUGAGGGACUGAACCAAUCUGGGUCAGGGUGGCUGAAAGACCGGAGCGUGCGAUACCCUGCGGGGCGCUGUGUGGACGUGGACUCUGUAGGGCCGGGCAACCAGACCAUCUUCCCCGAGGAGCAGAGCCGACAUGACGUCUACUGCUUCAGAGGGUCGCCAUCGUCUCCCCUCACCAACGAGGACAGCCCCGUCACGGAGGAGACGACCACAACUUGGGAGGAGGUGGUCCGGACUCUAAGUCCUGUACCAGCAAACUUUCCGGAGACCAAGACCUCAACAAGGGAGGUUCCUCAGUCGGCCACUCUGAAGCCCGGAGAGGUCAGCGAGUCUCACCCUGAAGACAAGGACCAGCGCAAAGGACUUGGUCGUCAUACAGCGUCUUCCGAUUCUCCACACCUGGAGAUCUUCAUCACCAACGUAACGGCAGGACCAGAGGAGUUGAACAGAUCCUCGGAGGAGCAUCGUCACGCGGCCGAGGCUACGCUGCUCUACCCGAGCACCUCGGGAGAUGUCCCCGAACCGGAGGUCUAUGCAUCUCAGACGGAGGAGCUGCGUGCCUCCACCAUGUCGCCAACUUCUGGCAGCAGCACCGCCGAGGACCACCCGGAACGGGGCGGGAACUUAGCCACAGUCGUCCCGGUCGUCAUGGACACCACCAUCUCAGAGACGCCAUCCGAGUCAAGUUCUGAUGCGGCCCAGGAGCACUUGGGUGUGGCGUCCGUCACGCUAGCAACACCGGGGGACUUCGGCGGAGACACACACAACGCAGAGGUCAUCACAGCUGAGGUGACCGUGAUUCCGGGUUAUGGUUCGGAACCCAUCCAGUCCUCUGGUGGCCCACCCGGCACCGCCGCAGAGGUUGUUAUUUUCAUCUCAAACAGCAGGGAAGCACAUAGUCACCCAGAACCAGUCCACAAUGUCACAGAUGAACCUGAAGCCGGGAGUGAAUCUACAGACCGAGAAGCAGGUGUCUGGUCAGAAGACAAUCCAGAGGACUUGGUGUUAUCAAACCUGACUGAAUCGCCAGAGCACCGCAGUGGAUCUUCCACACAUGAACUUCACCCGUUGGACUUCCAAACCACGCCACACCAUCAAUCAAAACCGACCUCCACCCCCCCGCAGGAAUCUGGAUACAACACAGAGUCCAGAACUGUCAUCCCGCAGGAAGUCUCAAAGGAUGGAGCAGAGGUGUGGACCACCGGCACCACAAGCGGACAUGAAGGAGGACAAGUGGAGACCAGUACUGGCGCUUACUCAGGUAGGAUCCAAGGAUGCCCUGGGUGUCACAUUGAAGACCACACCUUGGAGAACUUCACUGACCCAACUGUAGACCCUCAAGUACCGACCAUCAUGACAGCUACACGAGAAGUCACCUUAAGUACUGAUUCGUGCCUGGAGCGGCCAUGUCUGAAUGGAGGAACCUGCGUUGAGGGCGAGGUGCCCACCUGUCUGUGCCUGCCCGGAUACGGCGGCACCCUCUGCCAGACAGACGGCGAGGCGUGCGAGGACGGCUGGGAGAAGUUCCAAAGCUAUUGCUACCGUCACGUGACCUCGCGGCAGAGCUGGGAGGGGGCGGAGCAACACUGCCGGACGAUCGGCGGAUAUCUGAUCUCCAUCAUGACCCCUGAGGAGCAACAUCACAUCAAUGACGAGUACAAAGAGUAUCAGUGGAUCGGUUUGAGCGACAAAACCAUCGAGGGAGACUUCCGCUGGUCGGACGGGAACCUUCUGCUGUUUGAGAACUGGAACAGAGGACAACCCGACAGCUACUUCCUGUCCGGCGAGGACUGCGUGGCCAUGGUGUGGGACGACGGCGGGCGCUGGAGCGACGUGCCGUGCAACUACCACCUGUCCUACACCUGCAAGAGGGGCGUCUCGUCGUGCGGUCAACCUCCGGCGGUCGCCAACGCCAAGCCGUUCGGCAAGACGCGGACACGCUACGAGACGCACGCCAAGGUGCGCUACCGCUGCGGGCAGGGCUUCGUGCAGAAAAUGAAUCCCGUCAUCGCCUGCCUGCCUGGCGGCCAGUGGGAGGAGCCAAUGAUCACCUGCCUGCCAGCCGCGCCUCAGGAGGAGAACUCAGCGAGGUCAGGUCUUCUGUCACGGAAUGAGGAGGAGGUGACGGAGAACCUCGCAAAGAGCAGCUCUCAUAACAAGUAGAACUUCUUCUUAACAGCCGCUCACUAACACCACUUUAGUUCUUCAACCCUAAUGCUUUCUUUUUUUGGCCUCAAUUAAAUCUUCUCUUGGGUAACUUA